AUGAUCCUGGAGUUCUUACCGGAAAACAUUUUAGAGAAGUUCUCAUGGCACCCUUGGUCGCCAUUCUCUGGUGAUAAUCUGGUCCUACUGUACAAGAAGCAGCAGCGAAUGAAGUGGAUGGAGAGCAUUGCCCUAGACAGGGACGUUGUAGAAGAGCUGGAAAAGCUUCCGGAUCUCGAUAAGGUCUUCCAGAGCGUACGCAAAAUUGGCUUGUACCCAGAUACUCGGGAGGUACUGGACUUCUGCCAUUUCCUCCUGAAACACACGGCAAACAAGACGCUGGAGAAGAUGACGCUCCACGCCAGCUUCGAGGAACUCGAUUCGCCUAUGCCGCAACGGAACCUCCAUGACUCGUCGACAGAGCCUGGACUUAUUACGUCGACCAUGUUUGCUCACAUGCAGCCUUUCGCCAAAUGUACUCCAAUUGCGCUCAAACAGGUCACUCUGCAGAAGAUAAAACUACGGUAUGCAGCAGAAACCUAUUGCAAGCUCAUCGACUUCCGCUCAGUGAAGAGCAUCCGGGUCUUUGGGUGUCCUGGAGCUGAUGCUCUAUUAGCCGAGCUGUCGAAGAGCACAAAGUUGCCCAACAAGCUAGAGACGCUGGAAAUCAAGCAUGAGGAUAACACGGAGAAUGACGGUCUUGGUGCCCUAGAUGGAUUCCUGUGUCUCGUCUCCGGCAUCCAAGUCUUGGCCUUGGAUCUCACUUACUGCAAGAGUCUGCCUUCUUCCUCCGGUAUCGUUCGACACGGAAAGACGCUGAAGCAGCUCAAUGUUCAUGCUAGCAUCAGCCCCGACAGCUGCGACGAUGAACUCGUGUAUGAUUAUGCCUCAUUCUCGCAAAUCUGCAAGGACUGCCCACUACUGGAGCAGGUCUCUGUGGCAUUCCCGCAAGUGAGCGUGAUCCGCACUAAGAAUGAGAGCUUCAUCGAUUUCGAAAACUGCCUGGCCAAUCUUCGGAAUCUCGUAACUCUCCACAUCACGACGUGGCCUACCAACAGUCCCUCUUCAACGAGACUGCCACGCAAGAUAUACGAGCACCUGCUGGCUAAUAUUGCCCAGCAAAGCUUCGAGCGUAGCUCAAGCCUUGCAAAGGAGCAGGAGCGUUCAUCGAAAUUGGCUAUCGUCGCUUUUGGGGCGUCCGAUAAGGUGUACGACCGUGAAGAUAGCCAGAACCAGAUCAUAUUUGUCAAGGGAAAGCAAGUCGACCCUCUCGGCAACGAGCAGUCAACAGCCGUGCAGAUAUCGUGGUGUUUGCGCAAGUUUGUGGAUGCUGGCUCGAAGUCUGAUGUGCUCGAUUUCUCAUUGACACGAUCGUGUCGACCACCUGCGUUCCCUGCUGCACGCACCGCGCAGACCAUCGGGGGUCUUGGCGCCGGAGAUUUCCGCGGGUCAUCACAGAGGGACGAGGCGGAUGGUCAGGUAGAUGAUGUUUACAACAAAUUCACACAUCAUAUCAUGAGCUACCCCGACCCACCCACGACGAGCGACGCGCAUUACACACCCAUCUACCCGGCGACGCCCAGUCCCAAUGCCACUCCCAAUGCGCCGCUGCACGACACCCAGGGACUACCGCGCGCGCCCUACGCGCAGGAGCCGCCCUAUACCAAGAUUGAGAACCUCGACGUGCUGCAGGCGCACGCCUUGCACGCCAACCAUGCGCUGAACGACCAGCGGGUGCCCGUACAACAUGCGCUGCCCCCAUUGGCACAGGCACCAACACUGCAGCAACAACAACAACAACAGCAACAGCAACAGCAACAGCAACAACAGCAACAGCAGCAACAGCAGCAACAACAACAACAACAACAGCAACAGCAGAAGCCGAACCGCCUGCGCAAAGCCUGCGACUCGUGCAGCAUCCGCAAAGUCAAGUGCGACGAGACGGGCCCGCCAUGUCGAGCUUGCAUUUCCCUCGAGAUCCCCUGCACCUUUGACCGUCCCAGUCGCCGCCGCGGACCGCCCAACAGACAUGCCGAAGACAUCAAGAAGCGGCGCCUGAACCACACCGACCCGCAUUCUGGCCAGUCGUCGCCGCAGUCGCCCACCAAUGCCGCCCACGCCCUCGCGCAGCUGCAGUCGUCCCACCCGCAGCAGCUGUCUGCCGAGACCAUCUGCCCGCUGCCCACCAUGAACGCGCUCAUCGACGACUUCUUUAUAUACAUCCACCCGCUGUGCCCCUUCCCGCACGAGCCGUCGUUCCGCGAGGCAUGGGAGCGCAGAGAGGACUUCACGAACCCGUCUUUUUCUUGCACUGCUGGCGUCCAUGAUCGCUGCACUUGUGUCCUCCUUUCCCGCGCAAGCCGCGCCUCCAUCUCAAGACACAGACACCGCCACGAGUAUCCCUCACAUCUCUCCCUGAGUCGACAAGUGCCGCAGCUUCGCCUCUACUUCGCCGAGUGUCUGACCAUCAUCCGCUCGUUGGGCCUGCACAAAUCGGAGGCUCAGGGCUAUACCUACCUCGGCAGCGUUCCAAGCGCUUGGGGCUCCAACGGACCCAACUUUGACGGCUCGCGGGAGUUCAAGCUGGAUCACAUUACGGAGCAGAUAGGACGGAGAGUCUUUUGGACUGUCUUCGUUGGCCUGGGCGCGUCUUUUGGCGAGUUGACCAUCGCCCCAGCUACACCAACUGAACCUCUCCCUCCACUGCCUGUUGAAGUAGACGAUGUAUACAUAUUCCCCCAUCAGAUCCAGCCACAACAGCCCAGUGUCGUCUCUUUGAUGACUGGCUUCAACCUUAACGUACGCGUCUUCUUAUCGUAUUCCUCCCUUGCCACGGCAGAGAUGGCUUUCGGCGUCGAUGAGAUCUUCGACUGGGAUCGCCAACAGCGUAUCUUCGAGCAGAGUCUGGAACGCUGUCGCAUGAUCCUUGACAGCAUACCAGAAGUUCUGCGGGUGCAGCCAGGACCGGGACGAGAGAGCGGCCUUCCACAAAGACAGCCGUACUACCCUCCGAUGCCCGAGUUUUCGGGUUUAAGGGAUCCAGCACUGGCCAAUGUUCGUAAUCCGGAACCUCAAGACUUGCGCCGUUACGAGAUUCAGAAAGCCAACGUCUAUGCUAGUCAUCUUGCAACACGCUCUUACCUCGUUGAGAAAUACUUCAUACAGCUGGAGAAGUUCACAAAGGCCCAAGAGCAAGCCGAACUACAUAGCCCACCUAUAGGAUUAGCUGCCGGUUUGGACAGGAUAGUGCCGCCAUCCAUUACCAAUGGUGACGCCCUAGAGAAGAUGAUGUCAGAGGAACGCGAGCAAGUCGUGAAGGACCUGCUAGUGGUGCUAGGAAGCAUUGACAUGGUCAACAUGGAGCCAAACGGCGACUCCUUCGUAAGUCACUACGUUCACUUACAAGACUCUGACAUUGUCUACGAAGCCGGCGACGGCCUACUUGUUUUCUGUCCAACCAAUAUGCUCUUCAGCUCGCAAAGCUUCAGUCCAAUCACAUGCUUACGAUUUGUUCCAACACAGACACAAAAAAUUCGGGCAAUUGCGAAGACUUUGCUCGAAGUGCCCAAAGAGCGCAAAGGUAGUGUGGCGCUUCAACACCAAGAUUACCUUUACAAAUUCUUGGAUAUCCUGAGCAAGCUAGAACGUGUCAGCCCUGAGGCUAGCGAUCCUGCAGCCAGCAGCGUGGACGAAGAGACGGAGUUGAGGCUAUGGGCCGACUUGAAGGAUCAUCAAUUGAAGUUCCAAGAGCAGGGUGGUGUCUACGGUUUCUCGUAA